AUGCGAAGAAGACUACAAAAAAGGCAGCCAUGUCGGUCUCACUGCCUCGCUCCAACAGACGACGAGUUCUAUCAGAGAACCACUGUUACCCGUCUCGAAAGAGAUUCUUCAGGGACCAUGUUUAUUAAGAGUUACAGCUCACAGGGGUUUAUUAUUAAUGGGGACAGAGUGCUGGGCCCCUGUGCUGUCAUUCCGCAGGCCAUUCUCCAAUGGAAUGUGAGUGUUAAUUUGUCUCAUCCCAGCGUAAUCGACUGUUCCACCAAACUACUAGCCAACGCUUGUGCAACCUUUAACUUCCUAGUAAGUGUAAGAAGAAUCGCAGCAGCUGCAUUAAUCCCUCCCCAGCUUUGUUGCCAGGGAUCCUUUGUAGCAGUAGCUAAUCUGGGCUCGUUACAGGGACUGGUACCUGUGGAAGCCUUGGCUGGUGGUUCUGGGUGUAUGAAGAGACAAGCAGGAAUGUCAGCCUUACAGGCACGUAUAUACCUGUGGAGCAAGGACUCAUUGUGCUAG